UUUUUUCAUUCAAAGCUCAGCUUCAGAGGUGAAACCAGCAAUUUAUAUAAUCUUCUUGAUUCUUGGCUGCUAACAGUGAGAGCAAUGCCUCCUUUCAAUGACACCAAUCGAGAGCUGUUUCCUAUGAAUUUUACGAGCUUACUCUGGGAAGAAAUGGAGACCAUGACAACAGAGUCCGAUUACUUCAGUCCUGACUAUGAUCUGUACACCCAGCAGUGUCAAUUGGAGUCAUUCCGUAAUUUCCGCACCUGGUUUAUGCCCGUUUUCUACUCCGUAAUCUGCUUCUUCGGGUUUGUGGGAAACCUCCUGGUAAUCCUCACCUUCUACUACUUCAAGCGUCUGAAGACCAUGACUGACGUGUACCUGCUGAACCUGUCCUUCGCCGACCUGCUCGUAGCCCUGUCCUUGCCUCUCUGGGCUUCCAACGCGAUGACAAAGUGGGUGUUGGGGCUGGCUGCGUGCAAAAUGAUGUACACCGUCUACAAGGUCAGCUUCUACAGCGGCAUGUUCCUCCUCACCUGCAUCAGCAUGGACAGGUACUUCGCCAUCGCCAAGGCGGUCUCCGCCCACCGUCACCGCUCCCGGGCCGUCUUCUGGAGCAAGGCUUCCUCCGUGGGGAUCUGGCUCCUGGCUCUGCUCUGCUCCGUGCCCGAGAUGAAUUACACCCACAUCAACAACAACACCUGCACCCCCUACGCCGUGAACUCAGACAACCUCCGCGUGGGCAUCCAGGUCAGCCAGAUGGUCCUGGGCUUCGGCGUGCCCUUCCUGGUCAUGGGCUUCUGCUAUUACUCCAUCGUUCGGACCCUGUGGCAGGCCCGGAGCUUCGAGAAGAACAAGGCGAUCAAGGUCAUCUUUGCGGUGGUCGCUGUCUUCCUGCUCUGCCAGCUGCCUUACAACUUGGUCCUCGUGCUGACCACCCUGGACACGGUCAACGGGGGCACAAAGAACUGCCGCUACUUCAACAGCCUGAUCUUUGCCUCCGACGUCACCCAGUGCAUGGCGUUCCUGAGGUGCUCCCUGAACCCCUUCGUGUACGCCUUCAUCGGGGUCAAGUUCCGCCAUGACCUUAUGAAGCUGCUCAAGGAUUUGGGCUGCAUCAGCCACGAGAGCUUCUACAAGUACACCUGCCAUCGGAGGAGGAGCUCAGCGGCCACGGACACUGAGACCACCACCACCUUCUCACCCUGAAGCGGGCGGACGCCAAUGUAUUCGCUUUUACUAUGACCAUCUUACGACACAAACAUGUGCUGUCGGACAGCUUUUAGAACUCGUUUCCCCGAGUAGACUGCAGCAUACAUGUUUACUUGUUUGUUGAUGUACAUUUUUGAAUGGGGGGGGAAAAAAGAAAAUAAUUUGUAUCCUCACCUUUCUUUUUGUACAGUCAGGAGGUUCGGUUGUUUCUAGGCUGUACUUGCUAUAUUGUUAUAACUGACUACAUGGUAACAUGAUAACCACAAGUACAUUUUGGAAUAUUGUAAUUGCUACACUUGUUUCUUCUGUUAUAUUUUUUCCUACUUUCUUGUUUUGGUUUUGUAAAUAAAAAUAAAA